AUGGACACCACAGCCCCUUCAACAACCACCACAAACAACCACAACACCCCCAACCCGCCCAGCAUCGAACUAGCCUACAAGAAAAAAUGCAUCCAACUCAAAAAACGGCUCAACGAAAUCGAGGCCGAAAACGACCUAAUCCGAGCACGCAACAAACGCGCAAAAUUCUACGUCGCAAAGAUGCGUCUGGAGACUUGUAUCAUGCUUGAACGGUUGGCGACUGUGACGGGGAUGCUAGAUGAAGCUGCCUCCACGGGUGCGGCGGCUGGCACCGGCCAGCAAGGCGCUGGUGGACAAAUCAGCGCGGAGUUGAGAGCGAAAGCAGCGGCGAUAGUGACCAGUGCGCAUGCGCAGAAUACGCAAGGAGUGAUGGAUGAUGAGACGGAGGGUAGCUCGGAGGAGCAACCUCCUACGCCCCAAGAACGACCUCUCCGCGUAAAACGCAGUCGCAAAUCAAACCUUGCUUUCGAAGACAUCGAAGCCGAGGCCGCAAUGCAAUACGAAGCCAACAGCCCAGAACCUAAAGGCAACGAUUCUGGUUACAACAACAACAAUAAUAACAACAACACCGACAUCGACCGCGACAACAGAAAUAUUGGCACUGGAGACGAACAAGAUACUAAUGAUAGAACUCCAUCCCAGGGAGCGGAUAGGGAGAGGUCGUCACUUGCUACUGCCGGUACUGGCGGCGGGGAAGAGAGACGAUCUUCGGCUUCGGGGUUUCGCGCUGUGAAUGCUAAACUUGAUAGUCAGGAUGCGGUGCCUAUGGAUGUUGAUGAAAAACCUGCUAAGAGCGAGAGCUGA